UCCUGCCCUGCGCCACGUGCUCGCUGGAGGGCGGCGCCAGGGGACGCGCCGAAAAGAUGAUCUUGCUGCCUCUUCCGGCAGCCGCGCGAGUUGCCGUCCGACGUCUGGGAGUGAGGCGUCUCUGGGGCCAGGGUCUUGGCGCCGCAGACAUGACGAAGGGCCUUGUUUUAGGAAUCUAUUCCCGAGACAGAGAAGAUGAUGGGUUGCAGUUUACAAGCGCAGGAGAGAACUUUGAUAAGUUGGUGUCUGGAAAGCUGAGAGAGAUUUUGAACAUAUCUGGACCACCUCUGAAGGCAGGCAAAACCCGAACCUUUUAUGGUCUUCAUCAGGACUUCCCCAGCGUGGUGGUGGUCGGCCUCGGCAAAAGGUCAGCUGGCAUCGACGAUCAGGAGAACUGGCAUGAGGGCAAAGAAAACAUCAGAGCUGCCGUCGCAGCUGGCUGCAGGCAGAUUCAGGACCUGGAGCUCUCUUCUGUGGAGGUGGAUCCCUGUGGAGAUGCCCAGGCGGCGGCAGAAGGAGCUGUGCUCGGUCUUUACGAGUAUGAUGACCUAAAGCAGAAAAAGAAGACGGCAGUGUCCGCGAAGCUCCAUGGAAGUGGGGAUCAGGAGGCCUGGCAGAAAGGAGUCCUCUUUGCUUCUGGGCAGAACUUGGCCCGCCAGCUGAUGGAAACUCCAGCCAAUGAGAUGACACCAACCAGAUUUGCUGAAAUUAUUGAGAAGAAUCUCAGAAGUGCUAGCAGUAAAACAGAGGUCCAUAUCAGACCCAAGUCUUGGAUUGAGGAACAGGAAAUGGGCUCAUUCCUAAGUGUAGCCAAAGGGUCUGACGAGCCUCCAGUCUUCUUGGAAAUCCACUACAAAGGCAGCCCCAAUGCAGGGGAGCCGCCCCUGGUGUUCGUUGGGAAGGGAGUCACUUUUGACAGUGGUGGCAUCUCCAUCAAGCCUUCUGCAAACAUGGACCUCAUGCGGGCUGACAUGGGAGGAGCUGCCACGAUAUGUUCAGCCAUCGUGUCUGCUGCGAAGCUCAGUUUGCCCAUUAACAUCAUAGGUUUGGCUCCUCUUUGUGAAAACAUGCCCAGCGGCAAGGCCAACAAGCCUGGAGAUGUCGUCAGAGCCAAGAAUGGGAAGACCAUCCAGGUUGAUAACACGGACGCCGAGGGGAGGCUCAUCCUGGCUGACGCGCUCUGUUACGCGCACACCUUUAAUCCGAAGCUCAUCAUCAACGCAGCCACCUUAACAGGUGCCAUGGACAUAGCCCUGGGGUCAGGUGCCACUGGGGUCUUUACCAACUCAUCCUGGCUGUGGAACAAACUAUUUGAGGCCAGCAUUGAAACAGGGGACCGCGUCUGGAGAAUGCCUCUCUUUGAACAUUACACAAGACAAGUUGUAGAUUGUCAGCUUGCUGAUCUUAACAACAUUGGGAAAUAUCGGUCUGCAGGAGCUUGUACAGCCGCGGCGUUCCUGAAGGAAUUCGUGACUCAUCCUAAGUGGGCACAUCUGGACAUAGCAGGGGUGAUGACCAACAAAGAUGAGGUUCCAUACCUGCGGAAAGGCAUGACCGGGAGACCCACAAGGACCCUGAUCGAGUUCUUGCUGCGCUUCAGCCAAGACAGUGCUUAGUUCAGACACGCAGCUCAAAUCGGACAGCGGAGCUUCAAAAUACUUUCAAAGGGAUAAAAGUCUUUUAAAGGCAACAAAAGAUGGUGUUUAAAAUGUAAAACUAAAUGAAAUUUAUAUGCUCUGAUUUUUCAUUUUAUGCAAAGAUUUAUAAAAGUAAAGCUAAUACCUUUUUGACAAGACUUUUAAGAUAUUCCACACAUCAAUUUUUUAAAAACUCCCUGAUCACCUUUGAAAGUGAUUGUUUUUCAUGGAGAAGAAAAAUCGUACUUCAGAUUUGUGAUGCUAGGCACACAAGCAACUUAAGUGACUAUGCAGUUGUGAGGAACAAUAAAUCUGACUUUGAUGUUCUCUGA